CGCAUGAUGAGCUUCCGUAUCAGUUUGUUUUGAACACUGUUUUUCUAGACUUAUACUGAUUGCUCACUACUUUCUAACUUGGAUUGAAUAAUUGCGUCUGGAAGGAGUUUCUGGUGUGUUUUUUGACCAAGGCCUACUACUAACGCAGUUAUUUAAUGAAGAGUACGCUAUGUUUGGUUCACCACACUCGAAAAGAAAUGUUGUGGUGGAUGUUGCCCUUCUACCAGACAGUAUAUUCAGUAUUCAGGUGAACGACAUAGCGAAAGCCAAACUUGCUAAAAACCUGGACCAAAAAAGCCGUCCUUUGAUUUGUUGUUUGAGUAGCAGUAGUAACAUAACUCUAACAGAUGUCUCUGAGAGUGGAACAUCAAUUACCAUUUCGGCGGAUACAUUUUCAGAUUUUGCAUGGGAAGAAACGACAGUACAGAGAGGGUCCAAUGAUUUCUAUCGACUUAUGGCAGUGGGAUCAAAUUUUGACCUCAGACUAUAUACAGUCGACCCAGAAAACCUCGAGUCAUUCUCUGGGGAGUCUGUCUCUGUGUGUUUACCACAUACGCUCAGGAGGAUGGUUGAGAGCAAAGACACGGGUCUGACUGAUCUGGUGUCUGUGAGGUUGCUGUCUUUUGCUGACAGCAAGUGUUUUCUUCUGCUGAACUCACAUGUUUUGGUGGAGUUGUUGUGGCAGAAUGGAUGUGUGGCGCCAGAGAUGGCAUCCUGCUGCAGCACCACUCUGCCACUUAACGCCUCCCAGAAAUGUUCAGACUUCCAAAUCUGUCAGGGAAUACUCUUUGUUCUGACCAACUCUGGAGUCACUUAUAUGUUUGACAGCACUGAGGGACAGCAACUGGCCAUUGUGGACUUUGCAUCGUUCCACACAGAUGCACUCCAGCCAUCUGCUUUCUGCCUCCUGCAGAUAUCAGAAGAUCUCAGCACAGCCGUUGCGGUGACCAGCCUUAACCUGGUUAUAGCGGUUCACCUAAAUGAAUAUUUCAGGACUUACCCAGAUCACUUGCUUAGUCAGAAGGUUAUCAGUCACCUUCCUCUCAAGCCUCAGGAUGCAAGCGAUCAAGAGGAUCUCCUCAGUUCUUCUGACAGUCACUCUGUGCUGGACUUCACCUUCCACAGUGACUGCUCCUGGGAGUCUCAGUUGACGUUGUUGAACACCAGAGCCAAGAUACCCACUCCUGUGUUCCAGCAGAAACUCAUUUCACCGUGGUACAAGGAUUCGCCUCACAUAGAGUGCAGACGAGCCACAGCAAAACUAUCAAGGGAGAGUGAGAGACUAUGGUGUGGGUUUGAGAUUAAGGAGGUCCCAGCUGAAGCCACUCCGGUUAUGCUUUCGGUUUCUAAGUUCUCAGCAGUUGUUACUGUUGUAUCUCCAUUCAACAAAAGCACCCUGGUGGCCUACAUGGACCUGGAGAGCCAAGAUAUCACUUAUCAUUCCACAGACACAGCAUGCCUGCCUGUCCAGCUCUGUUUUGGAGAGCAACAUUGUCUACUGCUUAAAGAUUCAGGCCUUUCCCUGGUCCUGUUUCGUGUGUCCCAGGAGGAGCUCCUGAACAGGCUAAUGAUCUUUGGCAGUGCUGGCACCGUCGACUCCCUCUGCCACCUGAACGCCUGGUGCCGCUGCUCCAUCCCCAUCCAUGCUCUGCAGGCAGGGCUGAAGAACCAUCAGUUAGACACGGUUGACUUCUUCUUAAAAAGCAAGGAGAAUAUUCUUUUUCCACGUAGUGGAUACAGCGCCCUUGAACAGACACCUGCGGUCUCCACCCAUCUAUAUGUUAAGAAUGUUCAGGAAUUGUGCCCUGCCCUUGACCUUCUGUGUUCCGCAAUCAGAGACACACAUACAGAGUCUCAGAGCAAACAGUUUUCUGAACAACUGCUCAGUAUCACCUACACCUUCCUCAGCACACAAGUUCGAAGCAUUCUGUCUGCAACAGAAGAUUUGGAUGAAAAUAUACAAGAUUGUGUGAAAAUGCUAGAUGGGUACAUAUCUGAGUUGCGAAAUUAUAUGAGGAUGCUUCCUUGGGAUCCAAAGGGUGAGAGUCUGGCCACCUUACCGCCGUCAGAAGAAGAAGAAGAAGAAGACAUGGAAGAGAUGUACAACCUACCUAUAGAGGAGGUCGUCCAGCGUGCCGUUACAGCGUGCCAGAUCCCCUGGGCACAAGCGUUUCUGAGACGGCAGGCCAGCCCUGAGUUGUGCCUCGAGGAGCUAAAGAAGAGAGGGCUGCUACAGGUCUUUCGUUGCCUCCAGAUUAAAGAUUUGGGCCAGGCCACAUCUCUGCUCAGGAACAUGGGCUACUGUGUGAAGGAACAGCUCCACAGCAUAUGCCUCCACACAGAGGACAAGGCCCUACGAUAUUUUGUGGUUGAGGAGUUGGGGAGACACGGGUAUUUGUCAGAAGAAGAGCUGCUAAGGAUAGAGCUCCUCAGGAAGAUUGAAGAGCCUACAGCACUCUCCUGUCAGCCACUGGAGAACAGGAGGGUUUUGGACACGGGGCAUGUGGAUCCAAAGUGUUCCGGUCUGCUGCAGCAGUUUGCAUGUGAGCCCGCUGACCUGUCAUCACACAACCUGUGUAGUCUACUGCGGCUGGAUUGGGUCAAACACUGGGACGGCUACACCCAGAGAUCAAUCCUCUUGGCACAGAAGAAAGUCCUGAAGAGCUCCUGUGAAUCUGAAGUCUUGUGGGCCUACCUCACCUCACACCACGAUCAUCAGAGGGUCAUUGAGUGGAUCGAGAGCCUUGUGAGCGACAGAAACUCCUCUACGUCUCCUUCAUGGCCAGCUUUAACUGCGGAUGUUGUCAGCAACCACACACAGAGUAACAUGUUUCUGAGGAACCUCAUCUUGGACAUGUUGGCUCGACAGGGUGAAUUUGUUCAGACAGAAAUGGACAACUUUGAACAGCUGCUGUGGAGGUUGGGGCAGGCUGGAGGAGUGAUGGAAGUGACAAAGAUUCCACAGUGUUCCUCCUCUCAGAUGCACACUUUUAACACCUCCUUCAUUAACCACUGUCUAGAGAUUGGACUCUGCUACCUCCUCUACACCUACAUCAGGUCUAACAGAAAUGAGCCAGUCCUGGAGGGAGAGCAUUCAUGUGAAAGUCAUCCAUGCUUUGAGAUGCUGUUGAAAAUACAAGAAAUAGCAAAGGACAUAACAGAACCAGGGAGAGUCUUCCAGGGCAGCUUGACUAGUGCCCGUGUGCUCAUCCCCGGGAGCCAGGGCAGUGUGAGCAGCAUGCUGCUGGAGGGCCACAGCCUUCUGGCCCUGUCAACAAUUAUGUUUGCCCCCGGCGGCAUAGACCAGGUUUCUCAACACGUCCUCCAAGUGGGUGAAUGCCCGUGGAGAGCUGACCCCCAGCUCCUCAAGAUGGCCCUGAGCACGUAUCCCAAACUCAAGUUUGCCGUCUUCCCACCCAGUGGGCCAUUUGGCAUGGGAUCAUCAGAUAUAUCAGUUUACCAUCUCAUGCAGUCUCUAAAUCCGUUGGAUUCCUCCAGACUCUUUUGGUGGCAGUCAGCCAAUACACUGGGCAUUACAGAGAUGUCUGCAGAGCUGCCUCAUUUCUCCACCCCAUAUCUUGUAAACAAAUUUGCCCUCCUUGAAAACCUGGACUUCUUGCACCACCUGAGGCACGGCAGGCCCUCCUUUGCCUAUGGAACCUUCCUAGUCCAACAUCUGGCAAACCUCAAAGAUGACAAACUACUCUUAAGCCAUGCUGCAGGGCUAGCUUACGGUCUGGGCCUUCAGCAUUUCAACACACCCUUUGUGGCGGCUGCCUGUGUCUGCUUCUGUGAGCUACUGGGUGUCUGCAGCCUGAAACUACGGGUAGACAUUAAGGCUCUCAGUCUCAUACUCAAGUUCUUGAAGAAGAACUCUGAAGGAAACAAUGUGAGGUCUUUGAAGGAGUGCUUGGUCGGAAAAUGUAACCAGCUGCUGGAGUCCGAUUGGAAAAGGCCGGGGGGUUGGGAGUUGCUGAAUGACUUGGAAAAAGCUGUGAAGAACACCGUGGAGCACAGAUGCAUUAGCAGGUCAUCUCAUGAAGCUCUGCUGGAAUGGGCAUUACCUGUACAGUUCUCCCAGCUGCAUGGUCUGACCCUGACUCAGAUAUACCCCUGUGAUUGUGCAGCGGAUGGAGAGUGGCUUUACCUACUGCUCUUUGUUCAGCAACACAGCUACCCUCCACGGCAGGUCAGAGCACUCGUGACCCGUUUCUGCCCAGCCCUGCAGACUCAUCUUUCACUGGCCUUCCAGGACCUGCAGGCCCCUCUCCAGUCAGCCCAUGAAGGCUUGCGGGACCACAUAGGGUCUCUGGGUAGAAGGGAGCACCUGGAGCCCCCCAAAGAGCUGUUUCAGGUGGUCCUCCAGAGCCAAGGGCAACCCUGCCCAUGGAGAUAUCUGCUGGGGCAGGCAACGGCCCAGCACUGCCCCCCACUCACUGUGUUUGCAGCUUGUGAAAAGCAGUCAGAGCUUCUGCAGUUCCUCUCUGUGUGGAUUCUGACCUCUGUAGAUGCGUCCGUCACUCAAGAGGCCACUGCCCACAUUGAUGAGAGUCUGAGCCAGCAUGUGUGGAACCUCCAUGACCUGGCCAUCAUUUGGAAAUUCUUCUUGAAGAAUCGUAAUAUCAGGCCACUUAUACAUGGAUUUCAACUCUUUCUGAGGAAAUCUCCUUUGCUCCACAUGCUCAACAUGUAUCAACUCUGCUGUGAUGCCAAAAAAUAUGAAGAGGCGAAGACAAAGCUUCAGGAGUUCCAGAAGUGUCUGUUCAGCCUCCGGGAAGGUGUUGUUCAAUCUCCUGUGGGGAUCCCUGUUCAGUGGGUUGAGAGUCAGGCCUCAGUCCUCCUGUUGACCAUGAUCCAGCAGUGUGGCACCCAGUAUGAGCUCAGGAGACUGCUUCAGCUGAUGUCUGACAUGGGGCAUCUGCUCAAGUCCAAUGGUCCAGACUUUAAGACUCUCAGCCAACUCAGCCAGAUUCUCCAGGACACUCCUGUGUCCCUCUCUCCGCACCUGCUGGAGCGCUGUUCCUCUGAUGUCCUGCAGAGGGAGUGCCAGAACAUGCUCCAGGAGCUACAAGCUUUGGGGUAUUUCAGCCAAGCGAGACAGGUGGCAGACCUAGCAGAUCUGUCCAUUGAUGCUUUAAUAAUCACUGAGCUACUCCAACAAUUGCACACUCUGAAGAACAAACAUCAGUGGGAGAGAAAGGAUGUCAGACUGUCAUUCCUAAGGCGGUGUCAUGACGAGUUCAGGAGUAAUAGUACGAACAUAGAGGCUGCCUCAAGGUUCUUCCUCUCUCUGGCUGAGCAGUCCCAGUCAGAAACUCAUUGGGCCGUGGAGAUGGAGCUGCUGUGCAUGCAGGAGUGCUGUGUGCUCUUCUGCCUCGCUGGCUUCUGGCUUUCCCAGCAAGAAAGUCCACCACUGGACCAGCUGGAGCAGGUUGAGGAAAAGCUGUGGAGGUGUCAAGUGCACCGGCAAGUUCUUGUCACUGACCUAGCAAAGGACAGCCUAUUUUCUACGCCACUGGCUAGGAAUAAGGACUCUUUUGAGGAAAUGAUGAAGGAGUUUUCCUUCUCCAAAGUGCCGGCCCUUGGUGACCCAAAGUACCUGAGCCUAGACGGCAUGCCUUCAUCCUCCACUGAGGAAUCUUCAGGACCUCAAGAUGUUGGAGAACAGAGUGCAUUGUCCAUGCUGGUGGGGAACCUUCUAGAUGAUGGCUGCAUUCAUGAGGCCAGUCGAGUCUGCCGCUACUUCCACUACUACCAUCGUGACGUGUGGUUGGUUCUGCACUGCCGUGGUCUUGCUUCUGGAGAACACCAGAGAGGCAUCCAGGAUCUACUGAGUACUGAGACAAAGAAGGGCCUCCAAAGCUGCCUCUCCCUUCCAGGUUCUAGUUUGGGGAGUUUUGUGGUGGUUCCCUCACCAGAGGACCAGGUGGCGUCUCAGCUGCAGGGACUUGUGGAGGAGUGCCGUCAUGGGAAGAACUAUUGUAAACAGGUUCUUAGCCUUUAUGAACUAUCCAAGGAGCUGAAGUGUUCCUACAACGAGAUCUCUGCUGCAGAGCCCGAGGCCGUGCUGCAGAAGAUACUGUUGUCCCAGCAACAGGACCGCUAUAAGACAGCGCAGGUCUUCAUCAAUGUUCAGGGUCUGCAGCCAGACACUGUUGCGCAACUUGUAUCAUCAUUUGUAGUUCAAGGGAUACAAGCAUCUGGGCAAGACGGAGAAUUCGUGGACAAGCAAAUGUACUGUUUGACAGAGGGGAGAGAGGCUUUUCGGCAGCUGGCUAAGCUUUGUGGAGACCCCAACCUGGUGGGCAUCAGACUGCUGGAUCACAUCUCCACCUUGCCGCUGUCAGAGCUGAGCUGCAUGGUAGAACUCCUCAUCCUGGCACAUGACUGCUUCAGCCUCAGCUGCAACAUGGAAGGCAUAGUUCAGGUCCUUCAGGCAGCACGGCAUGUCAGCCAUGUCCACCUGGCCCACAGUGACUGCCACAGUUUAUUGGUACGACUUCUCACUGGCAUCGGGCGGUACAAUGAGAUGACAUACAUAUUUGACUUGCUGAACCAAAAUCACUGCUUUGAGAUGCUGCUCAGGAAGAAGGUGGAAUCGGUAAGAGAGAAGUUUAUAAGGCAUCACAUUUGACAUUUAGAAGACACUGUUAUCUAAAGCAGUACUGUCAUUUCACAAACCCAUGGACAUGCUUAUCACCUUGCCUGACCAGUUGAGCUACAUGAGUAUCACAUACACAUGCAGAGGGAAUAUUUCUUGCCCAUCAGCUCUUAAAGGUCAUACCAU